AUGUCGUCUCUACUGAACUCAGUCUUAUCCAUGGCGGCGAAUCCAUCUCCGGAGCCGCCGAGAAAACAACCCCUAGGUUUCGUUUCACACAUCCCGACUAGUUUCCUCCACUUCUCCUCCGUCAAUAAAGGUGUCGCGAGGGUUUUAGCUCCGACCCAGAUAACGUUAUCCCCUAAAGACUCCGCCUUUACCAUCACCGGAUCCAGCUGGAAACCCGAUUACGGUUCCUCGUUUCCCGAUGACCCGAGAAGCGAUGAGCCGAAUUUGAGCGAGAAUUUCUCUCAUCUCGAAGGAUUAGUCACAAAAGGGCAGAAACCCAAUGUAGCUCACUCCACGCAGCUCCUCUACGAUCUCUGCAAAGCCAACAGAUUGAAGAAAGCGAUUCGUGUGAUUGAGCUAAUGGUCACCUCCGGGAUUAUCCCCGACGCGUCUGCCUACACUUAUCUUGUCAAUCAGCUUUGCAAGAGAGGCAACGUUGGCUACGCGAUGCAGCUCGUUGAGAAGAUGGAAGAUCAUGGCUUUCCUUCAAACACCGUUACUUACAACGCCUUGGUUCGUGGUCUAUGCAUGCUUGGUACUUUAAACCAGAGCUUGCAGUUUGUUGAGAGGCUGAUGCAGAGAGGUUUAGCUCCAAACGCUUACACUUACUCGUUCUUGCUUGAAGCUGCUUAUAAAGAGCGUGGCGCCGACGAGGCUGUGAAGCUCUUAGAUGUGAUCAUUGCGAAAGGCGGCGAGCCGAAUUUGGUUAGUUAUAAUGUGUUGCUGACUGGUUUCUGUAAAGAAGGAAGAACGGAUGAUGCGAUGAAGCUGUUUAGGGAGUUGCCUGGGAAAGGGUUUAAGCCUAAUGUAGUGAGUUAUAACAUUCUGUUGAGGUGUUUGUGCUGUGAUGGGAGGUGGGAGGAGGCGAAUUCGCUUCUGGCGGAGAUGGACGGUGGAGAUCGGUCUCCUUCGGUGGUUACUUACAAUAUACUGAUCAAUUCUUUGGCUUUUCAUGGGAGAACAGAGCAGGCGAUUGAGGUUUUGAAUGAGAUGAGUAGAGGGAACCAUCAGUUUAGAGUCACUGCCACGAGCUUUAACCCUGUGAUUGCUCGGCUGUGUAGAGAAGGGAAAGUUGAUCUUGUCGUGAAGUGUCUAGACGAGAUGAUAUACAGGCGGUGUAAACCGAACGAAGGAACGUACAGCGCGAUUGGGGCUUUGUGUGAGCAUGAGGACAAGGUGCAGGAAGCGUUUUACAUCAUACAGAGCUUGAGCAACAAGCAGAGAUGUUGCACGCAUGAUUUUUACAAGAGCGUGAUCACGAGCUUGUGCAGGAAAGGCAACACCUUUGCGGCGUUUAAGCUUCUUUACGAGAUGACUCGGUGCGGGUUUGAUCCUGACUCGCAUACUUACUCGGCUUUGAUCAGAGGGUUGUGUCUCGAAGGGAUGUUUAGUGGAGCGAUGGAGGUUUUAGAGAUACUGGAGGAGAGUGAGUGUUAUAGACCGACGGUGGAUAACUUUAAUGCGAUGAUUCUUGGGUUUUGCAAGACGAGGAGGACUGAUUUGGCGUUGGAGGUGUUUGAGAUGAUGGUUGAGAGGAGGAGAAUGCCGAAUGAGACGACGUAUGCGAUUCUGGUUGAAGGGAUUGCUCAUGAGGAUGAGUUGGAGUUGGCUAGAGAGGUUCUUGAAGAGCUGAGAAGGCGUAAUGUUGUUGGACAGAAUGCAGUAGAUAGGAUUGUCAUGCAGUUCAAUUUAGAUUGA